AAUAUAAUUCAAUAUCUGAAGUCUAAAAAGUCUUAUUUUGUAUAUAUUUUUAUAUGUAAAGAUGUUUUGUAUGUAAAGAUUUUUCAUACAAAAAUUUGUACAUAUAAAAAAUUUUUUUAUUUUAUAUAAACCAAAUUUAACACAUUAUUUGUUCGAGUUAAUAAUGAAAACUAUAUAAUUGGUAGAAUAAUCAGUUAAAAGUCCACCAUAAUCAUUUUAAAUUGCAAAGCAACUGCAUGUAAAGAAGUGAACAAUAUCAGAACGACGAUUUUACGCAUUGUUUAAGCAACAAUAAUGAUAGUUGAAAGAGUAAUAUUAUCUACUUUGACAAAAAUAAGAUUGAUUUCCUGUAUAAAACCACAAUUAUUACAGCAGAAACAAAAUUUGACUAACUUUCUAUUGGUGUGUAAAUUAUCAAGUUAUCAUGUUACAAAAAAUAUUGAACAUAUUUUGCAUGAUAAUCAAAUUAGAACUGAUGCAAUUAGACAGAAUUUUAAUAACGAAAAAAAUAGACCUUUAUUAAUUUUACUUAGUUGGUUGUUACCAAAGCAUAGACAUAUUAUGAAAUUUGCAAAUUUAUAUGUGGAACAAGGGUUUGAUAUUGUUAUAUUAUCAAUUACACCUUGGCAAUUAAUAUGGCCUACAAAAGGAUCUAGGUUAGUUGCUUCAGAUUUAUUGGAGUUUCUAAUAAAACAUCAAAAUUAUCAGCAAAUAGUAUUACAUGGAUUUUCAGUAGGUGGAUAUAUGUGGGGAGAAAUUUUGGACUUAAUACAGAGUGAUUAUCAAAAAUAUAAUAAUGUAAUUGAAAGAAUUGUUGGUCAAAUAUGGGAUAGUUUAGCUGAUGUGACUGAAUUAUCAAUAGGUAUACCACAUGCUAUAUUUCCAAAAAAUAAAAUGCUACAAAAUAUGUUUCAAAAAUAUUUAGAAUAUCAUAUGAAAGCUUUUUAUAAACAAUCUACACAAUAUUACAUAAGAUCUAGUCAAUUGUUUCAUACAAAUUUGGUACAUAGUCCAGCAUUAUUUUUUGUAAGUAAAACAGAUCCAGUAGGUUCACUAACAAGUAAUUUAAGAGUAAAGGAUCAAUGGGAUACUGUGGGUGUAAAGGUAAUGUGUAUAAAUAUAAAUCAUAAAAUAGUGUCAGAAAUAUUUAUAUCUCUCUUUUUCAGACUUACAUCAAAAUAUUUGAAAAAUCUCCACAUGUUGGACAUUAUCGUAAAUAUCCAAAGGAAUAUGUUGCAGAAUUGUAUACUUUUUUGAAUAAAUUGCCUUUAAUACAACAUGAAAAGAAAAUGGGAGCACAGUUUUGAAUGUUUUAUUGCUGAUAUUUUUAAAAUAUUGAAGUAUUCAAUGAAAAAAUAUUUAUUGAUAUUUAUUUUCUUUUUAUAAAAUAAUUAUUUUUUAAAACAUG